ACAAGGAGGUCCCAUCGUCAUGAGUCAUGCUUGUGAGUGGAAGAAUAGUUCCACUUCUUGUACCUCACAAUACAAUCCUCUCACUUACCCUUAACACGCAAAUUAAGGCUAAAGAACAAUCUGGAGCAACGCAUAGACUUCUCAGAGGCUCACCCUUUUCCAUGGCCUGAUUCCUACCAAGAACGAAUCUUGAAAGUUACAUAUAAUAAAACAAACAGUCAUGCUUCUGGUGCCACCAAGGGCCAGAAAGAACACAUGGAUGAUGGAAAUGCUGAGCUUUCUGAUAAGCUUUCAAAUAAUGUUCUAUUUUUGAAUCCAGAGUCAUCUAGCAGUUUUCAGGCUUCAGCAUCUGUGAACACAGUUCCUGAAUUAUGUAGGAGUAGCAGCAGAACAUGCACCCACACUCACACUUGCAACCCACCUGGCCCUGAUGCUGCUCACACACACACAUGCUAUCACACUCACACCCAAAUAUUUGCACCUGAAGAUGAUGACCACAAGGAGCACACCAACUCCAAAUCAAAAAGGCCUUCUGGCAACCGAGAAGCAGUUAGGAAGUAUAGGGAGAAGAAGAAGGCACACACAGCAUACAUGGAGGAGGAAGUUAAGAAAUUGCGUUUGGUGAAUCAGCAACUAGCGAGAAAACUACAAGGGCAGGCACUUCUUGAAGCAGAAUUGGCAAGGUUGAGGAGCAUUUUGGCACUCCUAAAGGGGAAAAUAGACAGUGAAUUGGGUGCUUUCCCCUUUCAGAAGCAGUGUAACUCUUACAUUCUGAAAGAAGGGGAUGCUGGUUUGCUUUCUACUGCAAGGACAUAUGGCCUUCAGUGUCAGAACAAGUUGCCAUGCUUUCAUCCACAUGCAGGAUCAUCAUCCCAGGUCAACAUUUGUGCAUAUGGAAAGUCCGUGAGUCCAUGGGAAGGAAACUGCCAACCUGAAAUUGUAGAUUGUCAUGUUGAUGCAAAUAACUUGACCAGUACUGAAGGACAAACUGUUGAGACAGUGGAUAACUUCUUGUCAUCUGCAUCUCAAGAGUGAUGGUUUAGGCCCAUAAAUGUCUUUCUUCUCAAUUGCUGUCACUGAUACUAGGUAAGAUGAUGUACAUUUAGUUAGUGUUACCUAAAAGGUUUGUUUCUUACAUCAUAAAGUGAGUCAUGAAGUUUGCAUUCUGCAAUCUAUAGGAUAUGUAUAUAUAUAGGCAAUGUAUAUUUAGAGAUUUGUACAAUAUGUAUGCUAGCACACAUAAAGUAAGUGUUCUACUUCUUGAUAAACAGAUUUUGUUGUGUAUUAAGUUUAUAUUGCUAAAUAAACUAGUACUUCAAAUUUAA